UAAACUAGUUGAUUUACUUACAAAAUACUGGAAGAAUGCCAUGGCUACUUCCCAGUCUACUGUAGGCUUUAAACAGGGCCUUGAGAGUCAGAUGGCAGGGGUCAGUAGCACCUUGAGACAGAGGAUGAUGGGCAAAGGACAUUAUCUGUUUGAGCCUGACACCCAUAGGUUGCAAACCUGCACACGCAAUUCCACCCCACCAACACACUGAAUAUUAUGUUAAAUCACAGGAAGUACAUAUAGAUAUGGAUAAAGGAAACCCUAACAAUUACAAGAGGUGUAUGAAAUGAUUUUUGUAUGAUCUGUCUGCUCCCUGUGUACUCCAUACCAUAGUGAGGCAGCAGUGGAGCACCACAUGGCCUGGGUAAAUCAAUAACCCAGACACAGUCAUGUGAUGCUGACUUCAUAAGCUGUACAACUCAUUUACUAGAAGUAAUAACUGAAUUGCUUUGUGGUGCAGCCUUUGCUCUGUACAAAUACCUGCCCUUCACAAUUUUGAUUGCUAGUCAUUCGACCUACAGUAAUAUGAGAGGUAAGCCUUCUGAAUGCUAGUAUUUUCUACAGCAACGUUUUUAAUAAUCAAAUCUGAGGCAAGAUGAAUUUGGAGGAGUACUUCAAAAGGAUUGGUUUCCAUGGUUCAUAUGAUAAGCCCGAUCUUGCAACACUGCAAUUGAUCCACAAACAGCAUGUCAUGUCAAUUCCUUUUGAAAACCUCAGCAUUCACUGUGGUGAGAAGAUCGUCAUGGACCUUGAUGUCAUUUUCAAUAAGAUAGUGAGGAGCAACCGUGGGGGUUGGUGUUUUGAGAACAACUUUCUGUUCGGCUGGGUGCUGAGAGAAAUGGGCUAUAACACUACAACAUUGGGCUCCAGAGUCUUCAGCAGCAUCAUCAAUGACUUUGGCCCUCAUGAAUCUCAUCUCAUCCACAAGGUUGUCAUUGAUGGAAAGGCUUACAUAGCAGAUGUAAGCUUUGGGGUGUCUUGUCAAAUAUUGGUGCCUCUGGAGCUCAUCUCUGGAAAGGACCAACCUCAGGCAGCCGGUGUCUUUCGUCUGAUAGACCAGGAGGGUGUCUGGGUGCUGGAGAAGACUGGUAGAAAGCCAGAGGUUCUCAAUCCAGACUUUGCCAAAUCAAGUCUGGUGAACAAGAAGGAAACAUUUCAGAUCUACUGCUUCACCGUAAAGCCCAGACAAGCAGAAGAUUUCUUUGAGAAAAACCACAUACUCCAGACAGAUCCUAGUUCAUUGUUCACCUGUAAGUCCAUCUGCUCUUUGCAGACACCUGCAGGCUUCAGAGUACUUGUUGGCUGGACCUACAGUGAGGUCACCUUCAAACCUGAGGAGGGUGUAGAUGUGUUCGACAUGAGGAACAUAACAGAUGAUGAGAUAGAGCAAAUUCUGCAGGAAAGGCUCAGUGUGAAGCUGCAGAACAAACUACAGCCUGUAAAUAAAAAAGCAGACUACUCAAUCUGAAAAACAACAUGGUUGUUGAAUGUUGCCACAACAUGUGUUGAUUUCUUUUUUUGAUCGACCAGGUAGAGCAACUUGUUGAAGAGAUGCCUUUUUAGAACAUUAAUCAUGCUUUCAAUUGUUUUUGUUGUUGUUGUUGUUGUUGUUAUAUGUAAAUGAUGCAAUGAGAAGUGAAAAGAGACAAUGAAAAGCUGAAUGAUGGGCUCAACCCAUGUUGAUUUCAUUAUUAAGGAUGUAGGGAAGUUAAGUGAAUAAUCAUCUGUUUUAUAAAUUAACUAUGCUUUGAACCAUGUUAAUAAUGACAGUAUAUAAGGAAUGAAUGUGAAAAUAAACAGUUUGCAAGUCCAAAGUUGUGUAGCAAUCAUUACACUUAAACCAAGCAUGCCUCAUAACAUAAAAGUGUGCAGAAAAUGAACGAAAACUAGGAUUUAGAAGUCUGAAACAAAGUAUUAUGGACAGGUGAGUCUGUACCUAAUUAAUAAAUAAUAUAUAAAUGAUAUAAAUCAAUAAAUCAUAUAUUGCAUUUGAAACUGAAAAGUAUAGGUGAAAUGACAAUAAAGGUCCAUGAAUUCUUGAA